AUGAGCCUCAAUGACUUCGUUGGUACUGUCUUAAAAUAUGGCUUCACCUCUCUGGCUGCUGCAGCUGGACUGUACGCAGUCCUGCUGGGGCUUCUCACCACUGCCACCUUCCAAUCGCAUGUCGUCUACCUGCACGCCAUCCAAAUGACCUGGUUCAGAGACCUCGAUGUACCAGAAACCUUUGGCUUUCUCAAGAAUCAAGUGACUCCAUUCGUCAUCAAGGCUGCCGACGACCAACAUUUGUACGCCUGGCAUGUCUUGCCGAUCGAGUUGUAUCGCAAGCAUGAGCUGGCCCUCGCCGCAGAGCAGACGGGAUUUGUGCCAGACAUCACCUCCCGCCUGGCCUUCAAGCUCUUGCGCGACGAUCCAGAGACUCGCUUGGUGAUCCAUAUGCAUGGGGCUGGGGGUACGGUCGCGUCGGGGCACCGAGUGCCCAACUACCGGGCCCUGUCUGCAGGCCACCCGGGCAGGAUCCACGUCCUGACCUUCGAUUACCGCGGAUUCGGACGAAGCAAGGGCAAGCCAUCGGAAGUUGGCUUGAUUGAAGAUGCACUUGCCGUGACAGAAUGGGCCAUGGAUGUUGUUGGCAUUCCUGCGUCUCGAAUCGUGAUCUUCGGGCAGUCCAUGGGCACCGCUGCAGCGGUCGCGGUCUCCCAUCACUUUGCAUCGCAGUCCCCUCCGACUGUCUUCGCAGGCACGGUCCUUGUCGCGCCGUUUGUCAAUGUUCCGACUUUGGUCUCGACCUAUCGCGUGGCAGGGACUCUUCCUAUACUCUCGCCUCUCCGCCGAUUCCCUGCUCUGUUCGGCUAUCUUCUCCGGUUCAUCCGCGAUCAAUGGCUGACCAACGAACGCAUCACCCAAAUGGUCCGCAUGAACGAGGUCAAUGAGGAGAAAUACCGCCUCACUAUCAUCCACGCUGAGGACGACUGGGACAUCCCAUCGCACCACUCGGAGCUUCUGUUUUGGCAUGCCGUCAACGGCUCGAUCCCGGUCGGCAUCACCUACGAGGACCUCGAGUACAAGAAGGCGGAGUCUCAGGUUAACCUCGGUGCUGCAGGGACAAUCAUGGAAUGGCGGACCGACUACGGAGUGAUCCGAGAGGAGAUCCUCAAGAGUGGGCUACAUGAUGUGGUGAUGGGCUAUCCUGUUGUCACCAUGGCCGUGAUGCGCCACUUCGAGGCCGCGGACCCUUCAUUUACUAUUGAACCAUAG